AUGAACCGUUUAUUUGAGAAAAUCAAGAAAUGCCGAUUAGACCUGGUGGCUUGGAGUCAAGUAGCUUUUGGUAACACAUGGCAUAGGCUCAAUGAAAAGAAGCAGGAGCUGGAGGAAUUGGUUGAGCAUGGAUAUGGGCAGAACCUACACCGCAUCAUUGAGUUGAGAAGGGAGAUUAAUACCCUGCUGCACCAUGAAGAGGUGCACUGGAGACAGCGCUCGAGAUCAUUAUGGCUCAAAGCAGGGGAUAAGAAUACUCAGUUCUUCCACCGUAGGGCAAGUCAAAGACAUUUGAAAAACACGAUAGAAGGGCUACAAGACAGGGAGGGGAUAUGGCAGACAGACUUAAACAGAGUUAGUGACAUUGCCGAGGAAUACUAUACUGAACUUUUUACCACUUCCCACCCUAGUGGCAUGGAACAGGUCCUGGAAGUAGUAGACAAAGUAGUCACUGAGGAUAUGGCAAACCAUAUGACUCAACCGUACACUGAGGAAGAGGUAAGAGUGGCUCUGUUCAGUAUGCACCCAUCAAAAUCACCUAGACCAGAUGAUAAUACUACUGUGGCUUUUGAGAUGCUUCAUAGGAUGAGAAAUAGGAGGAAAGGGAAGACCGGUCACAUGGCGGUCAAGCUAGACAUAAGCAAAGCCUAUGAUAGAGUGGAGUGGGAAUUCCUCCGGAAGAUCAUGAUGAAGAUUGGGCUGCCUGAACAAUGGGUAAACUUGGCUAUGGAAACGGUACGAACAGCCUCAUAUUCUAUACUCAUCAAUGGGGAACCAAUGGGCUUUAUCACACCAACUAGAGGCAUUAAACAAGGUGACCCAUUAUCUCCAUACCUCUUCCUACUUUGUGCUGAGGGGCUGUCCUCCUUGAUUCGGAAAGCAGCAGACACCAAUCGGUUGAAGGGCAUUUAUUCUUGUCGAGGUGGGGUACGUAUUUCUCACCUCUUAUUUGCGGAUGAUAGCCUACUAUUUUGUGAAGCGAAGAGUGGGGAAUGCCGCCAACUACUUGAUAUCCUUACACAAUAUGAGAAGGCCUCGGGGCAGGCCAUAAAUAGAGCCAAAACCACACUCUUUUUCAGCCAAAAUACAAGCCAUAGGCAAAAAGAAGAGAUACGGAACUUGAUGGGGGCACAAGUCAUGAAUAAUUGUAAAAGGUAUCUUGGGUUGCCCAUGGUUAGGGGUAAAUCAAAGGUUGACACGUUUAAGGAGGUCCAAGAGAGGAUAACAAAAAAGGUGAUGGGGUGGAAGGAAAAAAUCAUAUCAAAGGCGGGUAGGGAGAUUUUGAUCAAGUCAGUGGCCCAAGCAAUUCCCACAUACUCCAUGAGCAUUUUCAAAUUUCCUGGAAAGUUCCCAAACUUUGGUGAAGUCUCUGGAACUAAUUCCGACCAAUCCUUGCCAUUUACUACUAAAGGCAUUGGUGUAAGGGUUGUGAGUGUUGAAUUAUUGAUGCCUAAAGGGGAUUUCAAUGAAUUGGUCAAACAGAAAGAGAAACUUGGAGGUGCAACAUGUAAUCAGAAUCAGAUGCAGCUUUUCAGGGAUGUCUUAGAUGAAUGUGGAUUUAUGGAUCUUGGUUUUGUUGGCCCUCGUUUCACCUGGAACUGCUCAAUUUUGGAAACGAAGGACUCUAGGUCGGACUCCUAUGCUUGGAAAAGCAUUCUAAAGGGUUGGGAUGUAUUAUUGAGAGGUUCUCAAUGGUGGAUUGGAGAUGGGAAGUUUGUGAAGAUUUGGCAGAAUCACUGGUUGCCAAGAAAACAUCCACCCUUGGUGUUAUCACCUAUAGUUCCAUCAAUGGAGGAUGCUACAGUUGAUAUUAUGAUAGAGGCAGAAACAAGGCAACGGAGCCAUGAUCUGAUUGAUGGGAUAUUUGCACCACAAGAAGCUAAGUUAAUUAUAACAAUCCCUCUAGCACGGAUUGAAUCAGAUAAUAUAGUGUUUUGGUUGCUUGCAAAGGAUGGGAAAUAUACCCGCAAGUCUGGUUAUCAUUUUUUGAAGGAAGAGGCAGAUUUAGAGCAACAUGAGGAUCGGAGCUCUAGGAUAAGCAGCUAUGGAAGGGGAUUUGGUCUUUGCACGUACCCAACAAGGUGA